AUGUGUGGUAUUGCAGGUUUUAUCGGUCGCGCUCCCAUUCCGCAGGGGUAUGAGUUUGGCAAGGUACUGGACAAAAUUAAGCAUCGCGGCCCUGAUGCAUCAGGGAGUAUGAUUUUCAAUCAAAAUAAAGGGAUGCUGGGACACACCAGGCUGUCUAUUCAGGACUUAAGCGAUGCUUCUGUUCAACCCUUUCAGCGAGACCAACUCACCGUUACUUUUAAUGGUGAAAUAUACAAUUUUAAAGAGCUUCGGGAAGAGUUGAGUUCAUACGGUUAUCGUUUUGCAACCACUGGUGACACUGAAGUUGUCUUAGCAGCGUAUCAACAUUGGGACAUUGAGUGCUUCAAUCGAUUCAAUGGUAUGUGGGCAAUG